CUUCUGAUGAAUCAAAAAAUGUAAUUGCAUAGAUUCAAUCUUUAUUUUCAACACUUCAUAUGUGUUUGCUCGUUUCAAAUAUAAUUUCCAAAACAGUGCAAGGAAAAGGAGGAGUAUGAGGUACAAAUUAACAUUGCUAAACAGAGAAAAAGCGUCAAGUAUCUUAACCAUGAAUGAAUUGAGCUGUUUUUCUUUUUCAUAGUUCUGGCUAGACAUUUUGGCUUAUCUGACUUGUGUUCCGAAGAAAUAUGUUGCUGCAUACUAGACCUCCCUCUGGUGCAACUGUUUAAUAUGAUAGAGGAUUUAGGUGGGCAGACUGGCUUUGGUAAGACUUUUGAAAUUGUUUCUGCAAUAGAUUGUUUUGUUGCUCUUCUCCUCAGCUCUGACAAGAAAUCGGUUGGCGGCUCAAUUCUUGAUAUCAUGCUUUGGGUCGUAACCAGGACUUGGUUACCUGUUACCUGUGCCUGUAUUUCUCUUCAGCAAUAACUCAGAAGCUUCCUGCACUUGAAACCUGUGUCCAGGAUCUCCUUGCUACAUCCUAUAUUGAAGAAUUACUAAUUUACUAUGGAGACCUCUGAAUAAUCCUUUGUGUCCUGGCUGUAUGGAUACUGAGAUAGGUCCUGAAGCUGGAAGUUUCCCUGCAAGAAAGAUCUUUAUAUGCAAUAGAAAGCAUAAGCAUUUGCUUCAACGUUGUGGAAGAUUGCUUUGCUCUUGUAUUUACAAAUGGACCGGCUAACAGAGGUAUAAUAAAUAGAUAUACUUUUU